CAUAUGGUGGUUGGCUCUUAGCAACCCCACAAAACCCACUUUUCACCUCCUAAACCCCCAAAGCUAGAGAAGACCCAAGAAUAAUUAAUAUGCAAUUAUUUGUAGUAUCCUAAAGAAUUGAUUCCUUGGCCUUUCCCUUCCUCUUUAUACCCCCCAAAUUUUAUCUCUCUCUCACAAACACACAGACAUUUGUGUCAGAACAUGAUUCUCCUUUUGUCCUUGUGAGCUUUGAGAGCAAGGAGGACCCUUUGUGUCAGAAUAAAAUCUAUAUAUCUCCAAUUGUUUGCUGGUCUUUUGGUCCAAUAUACCUAACACCCAACUCUCAAUUUCAAAACCCUAUUUCCCAAAAAUCCUAAUUCUUGCUUAGCCACUAUGAAUCCAAAGAGCUUGUCUUUGAGGCCUAAAACAAGUGUGAAAUCUAGGUUCACCAAAGGGUUUCUUCAAGCCUUGAAGAGAAUACAAGGGCAAAGAUCUAGGUCACCAAAUGUAUCUUCUCCUAGGGAGAUGUGUAGGAGAUACUUGAGUGUUAAGAUUGCUGCUGAUGCAUCCAUGGCUUCAGCUGUUGGGUCUAGAAGAGCUUGGAGCCGAGCUUUGCUUACGAAGAUUCGAAGCCACGGGGCUCCACGGGUUUAUAAGUACUCAGCCAGAAGAAUUGAUAACAGUAAGAAGAAGAAGAAGAAGAAGAAGUGCGAGGAUGGUGAGGAGAUUGGUGUUAAUAGUGAGGCGAAUGAGCUUCGAAAGUUUGUGCCAGGUGGGGAAGCCAUGGAUAUUUGCAGCUUGUUGGAUGAGGCUGCCCAUUACAUAAAGUGUCUCAACACUCAGUGUUUUCAAAGGCGUAGGCGUGCAUCGAAGCGAGGGAGAAAACCGCCUCAGGCGUUCCAUUGUUUAGCUAUUUGCACGAGUAGCGCGCGUCAACGGCGAGGAGUAGGAAAGCACUGUGAAGAGCCGCUUUAUGGGUUUGCGAGGAGCAUCUGCAAGAGGAAGAAGAAGACCACGCGAGGUGCCUGAAAACUUCAAGACUUACGCCUCUCUGUGCUCAACUAAAAACGCCUCACCUCUACACCUCGUCUUUCAAAACAUUGAUGGGCUAUCCUUUGUAUGUUCAUCAUAUUUAAAAUAGAAAAUAAGUUUCUCAU